AUGUCCUCCAUGAACACAGUGCUAGCAGGGUACGAUUCUCGGCAAUCCGCGCUUAAUGCAAGCAACAACCCUUUUGCCGAAGGGGUUGCCUGGGUCGAGGGGGACCUAGUUCCUUUGUCAAAAGCACGAAUUCCGCUACUAGACCAGGGUUUCCUUCAUAGUGACCUAACCUAUGACGUCCCGGCCGUCUGGGAUGGACGAUUCUUCCGCCUUGACGACCACGUCAACCGAUUGGAGGCGAGCUGCAAGAAGCUACGGCUUCAGUUCCCCUUGCCAAAGUCAGAAAUCAAACAGAUAUUGGUGGACAUGGUGGCUAAAUCCGGGAUUCGGGAUGCUUAUGUGGAGAUAAUCGUUACCCGGGGCCUCAAGUUCGUCCGCCAAGCCAAGCCGACAGAUAUCGUCAACAGGAUAUACAUGUUUAUCCAGCCUUACGUCUGGGCUAUGCCGCCCGAAAUGCAGCGGACUGGUGGAAAAGCGGUUAUUGCAAGAACGGUCCGUCGUGUCCCCCCCGGUGCGAUAGAUCCAACCAUCAAAAACCUGCAGUGGGGAGACUUGGUGCGUGGCCUAUUGGAAGCUGCUGAUCGAGGUGCAACCUAUCCUUUUCUAACGGACGGGGACGCGAACCUGACGGAGGGUCCCGGGUAUAACGUUGUUAUCAUUAAAGACGGUGGCUUAUAUACCCCCGAUCGGGGCGUGUUAGAGGGUGUGACUCGCAAGACCGUCCUGGAAAUUGCGCGGAAGAAUAGCAUACCUGUCCACGUUCGGGUUGUUCCCGUUGAAAUGGCCUUCCAAUCCGAUGAGAUGUUUGUCUGCUCCACAGCUGGAGGUAUUAUGCCCAUUACGUCUAUUGAUGACCACCCUGUAAAUGGGGGUCAGAUCGGGCCUAUCACCAAGCUUGUCUGGGACGCAUAUUGGGACUUGCAUUACAAUCCAUCCUACAGCUUCGCAAUCAAUUAUGGAAAUAGUUAA